AUACACAGCGACCAUGCAUAAGCGGCUUCCGCCCACACCCUCGCUGCGUUAAAUUCAACGCAUCCAGAACACAGAGGUCGCGCUGCUCGUCCGAAAGUACUCGACCAUCACCCUCAAUGUCUCCCAUCCAACGGACAAGUGCGCUUACGCGCUCUCUAACGCGCUCGCUCGCGACCCUCAACCAUGCCCCGCCUGCCGGGAAGAGUCCAACAGGUAUGAUGUGUAUUUAUCCAGCGGUGUUCUGCGGGAUGACACGGUAUAGCGAUUGUUAUGCUAAACAUGGGAGGGCCCUCCACGCUCCCGGAGACGCACGACUUCCUCAAAAACCUGUUCUCCGACGGAGACCUCAUCCCACUCCCCUUCCAGUCCCUCCUCGCGCCCUGGAUCGCACGCCGGCGCACGCCCAAAAUCGAGCAGCAGUACGCUGCCAUAGGGGGUGGCUCGCCCAUCCUGAAGUACACGAACAUCCAGGGCGAGCGCAUGGCCGCCCUGCUCGACGAGCUGCACCCCGCAACCGCGCCCCACAAACACUACGUCGCGUUCCGGUACGCGCAGCCGCUGACGGACGCGACUGCGCGCCAGAUGAAGGCGGACGGCGUGAAGCGCGCCGUGGCGUUCACACAGUACCCGCAGUACAGCUGCAGCACGACGGGGAGCAGCUUGAACGAGCUCUACAGGCGGGGAAGGCGGGCGAGGUCGGGGACAUGUCUAAUUUGCCUACAGGCGGUCGCGCAGAACAUCGAGCGGGCGCUGGCGGAGUUCCCGGAGGAGACGCGCUCGGACGUCGUGCUGCUCUUCUCGGCCCACUCACUUCCCAUGUCGGUCGUGUCGGCCUCCGUCUCGGCGGUGAUGGACCGGCUCGGGCAUUCUAACCCGUACAGGCUCGUCUGGCAGUCGCAGGUCGGGCCACGGGGACGCGCUGAAGGGCUCGCGCGGCUGGGGCGCAAGCGAGUCGUGCUCAUCCCGAUCGCGUUCACGAGCGACCACAUCGAGACGCUGUACGAACUCGACCUCGAGUACGCGCAGGAGGCGAAGGAGCACGGCAUGGAGGUAGUCCGCGCCGAGUCGCUCAACGAAUCGCCAGUGUUCAUCCGUGCGCUCGCGGACCUGGCGGCAACACAUCUGCGGGACGUCAGCGCUGGAAAAGCAGGGCCGAUGAGUGUGCAGAUGGGCCUCCGGUGUCCAGGGUGUACGAACGCGACGUGUGGGCAGCAGAAGGCUUGGUUUGCGCGCGGAGGGCGCUAGCAGGCAGGCUCGCCGCCCGGGAUCGGUGUGGUAGACACGGCCUGUGACAUGUCUCUUCUGUUCUGCUCUGUCGGCGAAUAUGCAACGGUCCGAUGCACCCCCCUC